AUGACUAGGAGUAAUGCCAGUGUUGAUGAUUUAUAUGCAUAUGACCCUGAGAUAGAUAGAUCAUUGCAUGCUGCUAGUAGAGCUCGUAGGUUGACUUACAGUAGAGUUGUUCCUGAGCAUACCUUAGAGUCUGUUGAGUCUAUCGAGUCUGUUUGUUCGAGUCCUUUACAUAGUGUUUAUUCGUUUGGUCAUUUAUUUGAUUCUGAAAUCAUGGGUGAUAGAACACUUAAGCAAUUGGCUGCUCCUAAUGUUGAUAAUGAGCAGCCCUUGUGUAUUCGUUAUACUAAUCCUGUUGUACCUUUUGAGCUUAAGUCUGGACUAAUACACUUGCUGCCCAAGUUUCAUGGUCUUGCAGGUGAGGAUCCCCACAAACAUCUGAAGGAAUUUCAUAUAGUCUGCAGCACUAUGAAGCCAACAGGGGUGGAUGAGGAACAAAUCAAGCUGCGUGCUUUCCCUUUCUCUUUGGACAGUGGAGCUAAGGACUGGUUGUACUACCUGCCACCUUCCUCCAUUGUAAGCUGGAAUGACAUGGCCAGAUUGUUUCUGGAGAAAUUCUUCCCUUCAUCCAGGGCCACUUCAAUCAGAAAGGAGAUCAGUGGCAUAAGGCAAGCUAAUGGGGAGAACAUGCAUGAGUAUUGGGAGCGAUUUAAAAGGCUUUGUUCAAGCUGCCCACACCAUCAAAUUCCAGACAAUCUCCUGCUUGUUUACUUCUAUGAAGGGCUGCUGCCUAUGGAUAGGAACCUUCUGGAUGCAGCUAGUGGAGGAGUCCUGAGCAAUAAAACACCUAAUGAGGCCAAGGAGCUGAUUGCUGAGAUAGCUGCUAAUGCUCAACAAUUUGGCACUAGAGCAAGCAGCAAUGCAGUGUUCCAAGUGCAAACUUCUCCAAAGCAAAAUCCAAUAGUGGCAGCAGCAGGAGCAUCAAGCACAGAUAACCAGAGAAUAGAGAACAGGCUUGAUGAGUUGACAUCAAUGGUGAGGCAGUUGGCAGUGACACAGACAGUGCAACCUUCUGCUCAACAGACAAACAACCCGUGUGGCAUCUGUUGUGAUCCUUCUCAUCCCACAGAUGCUUGUCCUUCCUUACAUGACAACGGUUCCCAAGUUGACCAGUCUGUUGCUGCAGUUUUUCCUGAAAAUCCACAGCACCAGCACCAGCAGCAAAAUAAUUCAUUCUCCAACACUUACAAUCCUGGCUGGAAGAAUCAUCCCAACCUCAUAUGGAACCAGAAUCAGCAAAAUGUUCCAUAUCAGAGUCAACAAAAUUUACCAUUCCAGCAGAGGCAGCAGUUUGUGCCUCCACAACAGAGGCAAAAUUUUCAACAAUUUGCCCCUCAGCAGCCAAUGCAGCAGCAGCCACCAGAGCAGCAGCAAACAGUUCCAAAUCCAAAGGGAACCGGCAAUGUUAGUGCCAUCUCUCUGCGGUCUGGCAAGCAACUGGAGGAACCAAACCAAUCUGCUGUUAAGUCAUCUCAAGGAGGUGACACUGGUUCAAGGAAGCAAAAUACUGAUACUUCUGAUGUCCACAUCCCGUUACCUUUUCCUCAAAGAGCCACUCAGUCUAAAAGGCAAGCAGCAAAAGCUCAAGAUAAAGAGAUUCUUGACACCUUCAGAAAAGUAGAGGUCAAUAUCCCACUCUUGGAUGCGAUUCAGCAAAUUCCAAGAUAUGCUAAGUUUCUGAAGGAGUUAUGCACCAACAAGAGGAGGCUGAAAGGGGAUGAACGAGUCAGCUCUCUUGGUCUUGGUCCCUCGCGUGCUACUGGUAUUGUUGUUCAGUUAGCCAACAGGAGUAGUGUUCAUCCUUCUGGUGUAGUUGAAGAUAUAUUAGUUAGGGUGAACAAUCUGAUUUUUCCUGCUGAUUUCUAUGUCUUAGGGAUGGAUGGUGAGAUUCCUAGUAGUACAAUUAUACUUGGUAGACCUUUCAUGAAAACUGCUAGGACUAAGAUAGAUGUGCAUGCUGGUACUCUUUCCUUAGAAUUUGGUGAUAGCAUGGUUAAUUUUAAGCAGUUACCUGUGAUAGUGGCCAAGACCCUUCUACCUGAGCGGGAGGAAAAGCUUCUGACAUUGCCGAUACAGGCCGACAUCAUUUAUCCCAUUUCAGAUAGCUGGUGGGUUAACCCGUUUCAAGUGGUUCCCAGAAGUCUUGGAGUGACUGUAAUGGCAAAAUCCGAAAAAUGA